AUGCCUCGGACUUACAUAAGAAAGAAAAUUAAAUCAUACACUCCACAAGAUUUAGCUCAAGCGAUCGCAAAGGUAAAAAAUGGAGAACUUACGCAAUAUAGAGCAGCGCAAGAGUACAAAAUUCCAAUGACGACUCUUCAUGAAAACUUAAAAAAAGGUAAAGAAACUACCGGACCAAAUGCAGGUAGACCAACCGUUAUACGCCUAGAAGAUGAGAAAAAAUUAGCAGAAACUGUCAGAAUUAUGGAAAAAUGGGGAUAUGGUCUGUCUAGGUUUGAAAUUAUGGAGCUUGUCGCUGAAUAUGUGCGGGUGAAUAAGAUUCAAACACCAUUUAAAAAUAAUGUCCCAGGCACAGACUGGUUCAUUAAUUUCCGGAAACGACAUAGAUUAUCAAUUAAAAAAGCACAGCCUGUAGAAUUUGUAAGAAGAAAAAUGACAGAUCCAUUCGUCAUUGGUGAAUAUUUCAAUUUGCUCGAAAAUACUUUAAAAGAUUUGGAUCUUUUUGAAAGUCCCCAACUCAUUUGGAACUUAGAUGAAACGUCGUUAUGCCUGGAUCCAUCCAGAACUAAAGUAUGUGGACAAAUAAAUAAACCUUGUGCGAGGUCCACCCAUGGGAGUGGAAAAGAAAAUAUCACUAUGUUGACAGGCGCAAGCGCUAAUGGGAAGAAGUUGCCGCCUUUGAUUGUAUUUAAAGGCAAAUUUGUUUGGGAUCAGUGGAUGGCUGAACUGGUUGGUGGUGAUUACGAUUUCGAAUUAUCGUAUGCAGCCAGUACUAAAGGGUGGAUGGAAACAGACAUUUUCUAUAAUUAUAUAGAAAAAGUUCUUAUCCCAAGUUUGGGCGAGGAGCGCCCGGUUCUUAUUGUUUAUGAUGGUCACUCAACUCACGUCCAUGUAAGAGUUGUGGAACUGGCAAUACGAAACCGUAUCACAAUUCUUAAACUACCGCCACACACAUCACAUUUGCUGCAGCCUCUUGAUAUAGCAGUAUUCAAGUCAUUCAAGUCAAUAUGGGAUGCAAAACUGGUAGAGUGGCAGCGUAGAAAUGUUGGCACGAAAAUGCCAAAAAAAGUUUUCGCUCAAGUGCUGGCAGAUACUUGGAGAGAAACAAACCCCAAUAUUAUCAAAAGUGGAUUUAGAAAAGCUGGGAUUUUCCCUUUCAAUGCGCACGUGAUACCUGUGGACAAAUAUGAUCCAGAUGCAUAUAAAAGACAGCCAACCCAACUACCUGCAUGUUUACAGAAAUCGUCAAACACUGAUAAGGAUACCUUGUUGUCUCUGGUAUCGAAACCUGAUAUCCAGACUUUGAGUUUUGUCGCAAAACAACCAUCCCAAAUACCUAUAUGUUUACAGAAUUCUAAUCAAACAUCAACUCAAAAUUUAUCAAAAAUAAAAAUAAUCUCGAACGUUAUCAUCAAAAAAGCAUCUCCACAGUUACUUCAAGCUCAACGACUACCCGAGCCAUCAUGCACAUUCGAAGAACUGCUUUUAAGAAAAAUACAACAGGACAAAAAAGAUAAUAAACCGACAAAAAAGAAACAUGUCACUAAAGGUGCUGAAGUGAUAACAGCAACAAUGGGUAAGAAAAUUUUAGAAGAAACGGUAAAAGCUAAGAAAGCGAAAGCUAACCCCAGUAAAAUUUACAAAAAAAGAACAGCAAAAGUAAAAAAUAAGGAAGAUUCUGAAAUAACAAUAUUUACAGCACAGCAACAAGAAUAUCAUCCAGGCCCUUCAGGCAUAAGGAAUAAGAAGAAACGAAAACGCCAGCCUUCACUUGACAGCAUAACUAGUGUAUCCGACAUUAUGAGCGUACAUAGUGAUUCUGAUACUAUUGAAUGUGUUGAUUUUGAAGAAUUGACGGAUGAAUACUCUGAAAAUGGUUUUCUUACUAACAAGAAUUUAAAUCCUCUCUGUAUUAAGGGUAAAGGUGUAGGCAAAAGAAGUAAAGGGAAAGAAAACAAAGUGGAAGAAAAAGUCGAAGAAAAUAAAGAGGAAAGACUCAUUGAAAGAAAUUACGAAUGUGAUAUUGAUGUUUUUACUAAAGAAAAAAAUAUGACAACUAGAGAAUUCUCGAAAGAAAAGGACAAAGAUGAGCAACUGCUACUUAAACAGGAAAGUAAAGAAAUAAUAUGCGAGACUCAAGAAGAGAACCUUGCUAUGAAGGAAAAUUACCAACUAAAUGAUUCAGUACUCGUCAGAUAUUUGAUAAGGAAUAAAUGGAAGUAUUUUGUGGGGUUCAUAGAAAAUAUAAUAAAAAAUGAAGAAAUAUACUUCACUAUCAAUUUUCUAAAAACCGUGAGACCACAGCAGCGCCUUACCUUUAUAACGACUAAAAGAAAGGAUAUUGAUAAAGUUCCAAAGUCAUUAAUAGUGAAGAAGAUAGAUUUAAAAAAAUAUAACGAAAAAGAAUAUUACUUACUUAAUUAUGAAGAUACAAUUUACUUUGACUGA